AACGUUUUUAACUUAGGAGACACAAACAACUUCGAGUUCAAGUGUUCUUCCUCUCUAGUACAAAAUUCUCUGCCCCUAGUAAUUUUUCAGCAAACAAAAAUGGAAGGAGAUAGUUGGUGUGGUAGUUUCUUCCAAAGGUCCAAACCUUACAUAGCCAUGAUUUCUCUGCAAUUCGGGUUCGCUGGCAUGAACAUAAUCACCAAGGUUUCACUCAACCGUGGAAUGAGCCACUAUGUUCUUGUGGUUUAUAGGCAUGCUUUUGCUACUGCAGCAAUUGCUCCCUUUGCACUUGUUCUUGAGAGAAAAGUGAGGCCUAGGAUUACAUUUGUCAUGUUCAUGCAAAUGUUCGUGUUGGGUCUACUUGGGCCUGUGAUUGAUCAGAACUUAUACUAUGCGGGGUUGAAAUUCACUUCUCCAACUUACUCAUGUGCUUUAAGCAACGUGCUUCCUGCAAUGACGUUUCUUAUGGCAGUGAUUUUCAGGAUGGAGAAGGUGGACAUUAGAAAAGUUAGAUGCCAAGCAAAGGUGUUAGGAACUGGAGUUACAGUUGCUGGGGCCAUGUUGAUGACAUUGUACAAAGGGAAAGUCAUCAAUUUUUUGGGGUCUCAGUACAUGCAUCAUCCAAGAAACUAUGAGCCAGUGAACACCAAUGCUUCUGCUGAACAGGAUUGGGUUAAGGGUUCUAUUCUUCUCAUAAUUGCAACCCUUGCUUGGGCUUCUUUCUUCAUCCUUCAGGCAGUGACAUUAAGGAAAUACUCUGCUCAGCUCUCACUCACAGCAAUAGUGUGUUUCUUGGGCACACUGCAAUCAAUUGCAGUUACCUUUGUCAUGGAGCACAGUCCUUCUGUUUGGUCCAUUGGCUGGGACAUGAACCUGCUUGCCGCAGCCUAUGCGGGUAUAGUAUCAUCUGGAAUUACCUACUAUGUUCAAGGGAUUGUGAUGCAAAAGAAAGGGCCAGUUUUUGUCACUGCUUUCAGCCCUUUGAUGAUGGUCAUAGUGGCCAUCAUGGGCACUUUCAUUCUAGCAGAAAAAAUCUAUCUUGGAGGGAUCCUUGGAGCUAUUCUGAUUGUAAUAGGACUUUACCAAGUUCUAUGGGGAAAACAGAAGGAGCAAGAAGAGGAAACAGUAGAGGUAGUCACUGAGGUGAUGAAGUGCUGUGAAGAAAAUGGGAGGAUGGAAACUGUGAUGGAAGAAAGUGUUGAAACAAAUGACAUUGAGAAGCAAAAGGGUGAAGAUUGCAAAGAAUUCAGGGUGGUUAUUGGUGUUCCGAAAGCUUGAACGAACUAGAGAUUAGGAAAUUAAGGGUGAAUAAUUCUAUGGAGAACAGAGAAAUUGCGAGGGGUUUUUGUUUUGUGUACCUUCAUCCUCAUUCUCACUGUUUCUGAAGAGAAACUUUUGUUAAUGCUUUUUCUUUUCAUGGUAUGAUUAGGACCAUUAUGUGGUGGCCUAGUUGCCCAUGAUGUAACUUAAAUUUUGCUUACAUUCCUCAAAGGAAAAUUAUAUGUAUAUUGCACAAA